AUGAGCGGAAUUACUGACGCAGAAAGGCAAAACUACUAUCAAGUCUUCACUUCACUAGGCCCGUCGCACACUGGUCACUUAUCAGGUGCGCAGGCGAUGAGUUGGCUUCUAAGUUCGAAGCUUCCAGUUCCUUUGCUUGAAAGAAUAUGGGAUAUUUGUGACAUUGAUAAAGACGGUCAACUCGAUUUUGACGAAUUCUUGGUUACCUCCAAGUUGGUGAGUGAUCUGUUGGCUAGGGUGUACACCGAUGUCCCUUCAUCUCUACCACCACAUUUGAUUCCCCCCAGCAAGGUUCACCUGCUCGCUGCCAGCGGUUUCGGUGGCAAUAGUUCAACUUUGGGCAUUGUUGGUCAUGGGAUGUAUUCACGGUCCAUAAGCCCAAAUCCACAGACGAUAAAUCCAAUCCCGCAAUCAAUUAGUCCUAUUCCCCAGACCAACAUUGGACCGAUUCAAUCAGGAAUGUCGAAUAUAGUUCCCUCCUAUCAACUUUCACAGAAUUUACCGCAGAUCACAUCCGUCCCGUCGUUAUCGUCGCAAUCAAGCUACGGUAGUUUCCCUGCAGCACCACUUUCGGAUGAUUUCGAUUGGUACAUGCCGCCGGCAGAUAAGUUCAAUUACGAAAACGAGUAUUCCAAGAAAGCUGGUCUCCAUGGAUACGUUCGAUGUGAGUCCUUCGAGAAGACGUGGUAUUCGGGACGGAAUCUCACCGAUGUGAACUUCGAGCAGCAACUAGGCAAGGACCAGUGUCUAGUAUUUUUGCACGUAUUAAAUCAAAGAAGUAAAGGCAAACGUAUACCCGAUAGUGUUCCUAGCGCGUUAAAAACUUCUCUGGUGAGGGGUAGACUUAAUUACAAUUACAAUGAGACGGUCGAUCCAUCGUGGAAGUCAAAGUCGUCUGACAGUGAUUCGCAAAGUUCGAUAGGUGGAACUUACGGUAGUUCCGCAGAGGAUGCAUCGUUGUCUUCGAGUUCCGGGGAUUCGGGUGUUGCAUCGGAAUUUAAACAACUAUGUGAAUACAAACAGAGGCAACUUACUGAGGAGCAAGAUAAAGAACAGUUGAAUAGGAUGUUGGAGGAAUACAUUCGCAAAGAGAGACUCGCAAUACGAGAAUUGCAGGAUGGCUUACAAUCUCUAAAAAGUCUGAUUUCGACUAUUGAAAAUAAUUCGGAAUCAAGAGAAGCAGAUUACAGAAGGCUUCAAAGGGAUAUCGAGGAUGCAAGGCUGGGUCGGUGA